UUUAUCAUUCAUGCGAUAUAAGUGCUAUCUUAGCGUACGUUCUUUUCUUUACUUCGUCGGAUGCAGAUAUUCGUAUAACCCACAAAAAUGUCGCGGCAACAGUUGAAUCAGCAAAAAGCUACUUGGGGAACAAAACAGCGAGCACUAAUAUAGUACUCAUAUCGCAUUAAUAAUAAAAAAAGGUAUGUUCAAUUCGUGCGGUGUUGUCGAUACCCACACGAGCAACUUUGCUCUCGUGGGCAAUCGACAACUUACAGCACUAGUUGUACAAUAUACUAUUCAAAUGUUGAUAAUUUAUUUUCUAGUUUAACAACGGAUUUAGCUUACUGAGGUCGCUGUUGUCGAGAUUUUCAUUUGCCUUUUCGUUUAAAAAGUAAAACAAGCUAAUCUUUAAAGUGAAACACCGUUAAGUAAAAUAAGAUUUUAAUUCAUUAAUAAAAACUGCGAGAAGUUUUUAAUUUUAUUUAUAAUUCUGAAAGGGAAUAAGAAAAUUUCAUAAUUGUUUUCAAAAUGUACACAUUCCAACCGUAUGUUUUUACUGAGAAUUCUCCUAAUGGUAUUGCAAAACCUAAAGGAAGAAUGCUAUCAAGAAUACGGUGUGAUGGUAACAAUUUAUACAUUUACGCAGGCGUGGAUCCAACGGCUUUUGUGUUUUUUCAAGAGGAUCCUUUAUUUGCAGCAUCACGGUCUGACUUUCGUGAUAUCUGGGUGGACAAUUUAGCUGGACAAAAAUGGAGAUUAAUGAGAAAUGAUAGUAAUUUACCAGAUCAUAAAGAUUUCAUUUUUGGUAGUAUUUUUGAAUCAAAUUAUUUAGUUACUUGGACAAUACGAGCACCAUUAAAUGACUAUGUUUCAAGUCGCAAAAGCCGAUUACAUAUUUAUGAUUUAAAUACCGAAAGAGCGCUUGCCCGAAAGACAACUGGACAAAUUUCACCUUCAUUUUCACUUAAUUCCAUUCGUCAUGGAAAAUAUUUGUAUACUGUGGGUAUCGCAAGAGAACUUGGUGAAUUUUCCGAUGUAUGUAAAUUAAAUAUGGAAAAUCUUGUAUGGGAAAUAGUUUAUAUCUGUCAAGGAGUUGAUGCCAAUGAACCAACUGGUAGAACAGGUCAAACUUUAGUUCAUGAUAACAAUAUGAUUUAUAUAUUUGGUGGGGUGGUAGAUGGUUCUGGACUUAAUCCAUCUUCUUUUGGCCAAAUAUCGGCGUUUGAUUUAGAAAAGUGCUGCUGGAAAAUAGUAAACACUCAUGGUGAUGAAAAUCACAUACCGCAGUAUCCAUCUGAAAGAGAUUAUUUUGGGGUAACGAGUUACGCUGACCCGGAUUCUGGUGAAAUACAUGUGGUAAUAUCUGGAGGAAUGGUUAAUAAUCUUAGAGAUACCUUCAAUGAUGUCUGGAGAUUGAAUCUUACAAGUUUAAAAUGGACGUGUCUUGAAAGAUUUGGUACUGCCUUGCCUUGUCCCGUUAAUAAUCAUUCAAUGACCGUUUCUCUUGCAGGAAAGUUAUUCACAUUCGGUGGAUAUUUUUUCAAUAAUGUUACGGAACAAGAAAUUUGUCUUUCUUCUUUACACUCAACUCGGCUCAGGAUUCCCAAACUCACAGACAUUUGUUGGGAAGCUGUUUUCCAUUCUUAUCCAAACUUGAAAUCAAUGACCGACAAAGAAAUUAUGUCCCUCGGCCUUCCAUUGCAUUUACUCAAGUCGCGUAUCAAUUAAUAAAAUAUUUAUAAGUAAAUUCUGUGUAUUUAUAUUUUUACUUAUAACUUACUAGCAUUUAAAAUUAUAAUAUUCAUUAACUUCUUUGUACUAAAAAAUUUGAUGUCUUGAUUUGUAUUCUAUAAUAAUAUAAGUCACUGAGUAGACAGUUUAUUUUUCAUUUACGUUAAAAAUUACUUGCGUAUUGAUUAAUAAAAU